CGAAGCCAAAAAGCAGAGUUUGUGCUUUUACUACUCGGGAGGAGAAUAAAAAAAAGAUUGAGAAAAUGGCAAAUUCGUCCACUGAACACUGCAAGACCAUACUGUACAGGUCUCUUGUCCAACCUAUGCGAAGCAUUGACGAGAAAAUACAUUUUCAAUAUUUUCGUGUGUCGGUUGCCGGAUUUGACGACUUGCUUCAGCGGCUUUCCCCUCACAUCUCACACGAGAGAACUCACAGCAUGCCCAUAAGUUCUGCAGAAAGGCUGUCUGUGACCUUUCGGUUUCUGGCGAGUGGCAGCACACAGCAAAGUAUCGUUGCGAGUUAUAAACUAGGAAAUCUCGCCCGUUUGUGGCGACGUCAUGGAAGUGUGGAACAUGUGACUACAGGGUUGGUGGAUUUUGAGGGGUAGUGGCAAGAGAAGAUUGGGGAGACAAAUUGAUUUAGGGAAGAGUGGGGAAAUAAAUAGGCUGCCUUCCGAUAACAAGCAUCCAGAAGUGUUCACACUUUCAUUUCACCUCAUGCAUUUAAAAGCAUUGGAUUGGUGCAAGCAUAAUGGGGAGACAUUCCACCACAGCACAAGACCACUGGACUACCCCAGGCAGUGUUUUCUUUCCUAACCCUCUGUAUUAUUUGAAUAUUGUGAAAAAAAUAAUAAACAAUUCACCACCUAAAACACUGCUGAUGAGGCAGAAUCAGACAACAGUGUAAAAUCAUGUUAAAUGACAGUACUAUAACGUCAUUUUAUCAACACAUAAGUUAUACAGUGUUAUGGUUGAAUGUUUUUAGCUGAUUUACAUCUAAUGACAAUGCUUUCUUUUCAAAUUACAGAACUGGAUUGGUAACUGUGGGCGUUCACUUAACACCUCCUGCAACACCCGGUGCGGGCAAAGCUGCUGGUUAUAAGCGCAGUGUGUCUGACUAUAACUUGUUUUGUGCAGAGGUGCUGAAGGGGAAAGUUCAAUAAAUGUUCUUAUGUAAAUGGAGGCUGCUGUCCUCAUCCUGAAGAAACAUGGAGGACAAAAGGAGGUGCAGCACCUGGCCACUAGUGGAGCGCAACAGGUUGUCAUGCCAACUGGAGUUGUCAGAGAAGGUGACCUUUCCUUUGCAGGUGUAAACACAACUGGACCACAGGAUGUUGGGAGAAGCCGAGCAGAUCUAGUUCAGUUAGAUGAAUGUGGUGGAAAAGGUGAGUUCCCCUACCACUCUUUUGAGGAGGGGACCAUCGUCAUUAGAUGUCUGGGGCAUGAGUUAACCAUUAAGCGACCGUCAUCUUUUGGAAACAAACAGCUGGAAAACAUACUGACAAAGGCAGGGGACUUCAAAUUUGAAAUUAACGUGGCAAGGGCCAGCCGGGCCCCAGUGGACCUCCAGUCCCCUCCAGAUAUGGCGAAGGCAAGCCGGGCCCCAAUGGACCUCCAAUCCCCUCCAGAUAUGGCGAAGGCAACCCGGGCCCCAAUGGACCUCCAAUCCCCUCCAGAUAUGGCAAAGGCAAGCCGGGCCCCAAUGGACCUCCAGUCCCCUCCAGAUAUGGCGAAGGCAAGCCGGGCCCUAAUGGACCUCCAAUCCCCUCCAGAUAUGGCGAAGGCAAGCCGGGCCCCAAUGGACCUCCAGUCCCCUCCAGAUAUGGCGAAGGCAAGCCGGGCCCCAAUGGACCUCCAGUCCCCUCCAGAUAUGGCGAAGGCAAGCCGGGCCCUAAUGGACCUCCAAUCCCCUCCAGAUAUGGCGAAGGCAAGCCGGGCCCCAAUGGACCUCCAGUCCCCUCCAGAUAUGGCGAAGGCAAGCCGGGCCCUAAUGGACCUCCAAUCCCCUCCAGAUAUGGCGAAGGCAAGCCGGGCCCUAAUGGACCUCCAAUCCCCUCCAGAUAUGGCGAAGACAAGCCGGGCCCCAGUGGACCUCCAGUUCCCCAGUGGACCUCCAGUUCCCCACUGACAUUGCGAGGGGCAGCCAGGCCUCAGCGGACCUCCGGGCCCCGCCAGACCCCUUGUUGCAUCAACACCUGAUCAGCCGAACUUUGUGGUUUCCUCUGGGUAUCCUGCCUUGGAGACUUUUCUGGGGCUGCCUGUCUUGCCUGGACCCACCGGGCCCCAAGGUCCUGCAGUUGCUGGCUCAGUGGGACCCAUAACUGACACUCUUGCCCAGGCCAUGCUGCUGUCAGAUAUAUCCCCAGACACGCUGGUGACAUUGGACAUCUCCCAACUUUAUGAACAUCUACUUUCUCCCCUUUUUACUUGCCUCCUACUUUUUUGCAGUAAUGCUGCAAUCAGUUGGUUGCAUGUAUGUAUACAUCCUAUUCAUAACAUUGUGAAUAAAGAUAAUACCAUUUUUAAACAA